UACGAAAAAGUGCCUGGUCAAGCACAAAUAUUUCUUGCUCGAAUGGGCAAGAACUUUAGGUGGCCUUAUUCGAUGCCGGAUUAUCUUAGAAGGGGUGCUUUCAAUAAUAUCACUAAGGUUGGGUCCAAAUCCGAUGAAGAGUUUGGGUUAGAGGUUGGGGUUAACCUCAUAUUUUUUUACAACGCACUCGACGAUGAGUGUGGACAAAUGUAUGACGAUGAUAAAUUGAAUUGCAUACUCAAAACUAUGCCUGGUGCUGUACAAAUCCCAGUUAACCAGAAAAAAUUGCCACGUAGUCCACCGGCAAGAAUGGUGACCGUUCGACGUGUAAACAAUGGCGAUGACUACAAGGUUUGA